AUGGAAAACCGCGAGAAUUCAAGUUCAUUAGCAAUGGGAAAGAGCGCGCAGGAGAUGGGCUUGCCAUAUGUACCGGAGUGCUACAAAAUUCCAUCUUCACAUCGUCCAAUUUUGACACCUGAGACCGUUGAUAUGCCUGUUAUUAAUUUUGCUAGGUUGAGGCAGAGUGAGGAACAACGAUCAAUGGUCAUCAAAGAACUUGGAAAUGCUUGUCGUCACAUGGGUUUCUUUCAAAUUGUGAAUCAUGGAAUUUGCCAAUAUAUACUAGAUGAAGCGCUUUCUUCGGCAUUUGAUUUUUUUAAGUUACCAGCAGAAGAGAAAGUGAAAUUCAUGUCUAACGAUGUGUACAAGCCAGUCAGGUAUGGCACAAGCUUGAAGGAUAGAAUUGACAAAAUCCAGUUCUGGAGGGUCUUCCUUAAGCAUUAUGCACAUCCUCUUGAUGACUGGAUUGAUUCAUGGCCCCAGAAUCCUCCUAAUUAUAGGUAUGUUAUAGGGCAUUAUUGCGUAGAAGUGAGGAAAUUAGCCUUGGAAUUAAUGGGUGCAAUUACUGAGAGCCUCGGAAUUGUUCCAACCUAUUUAGCCAAAAAAAUCAAUGAAGGAAUGCAAGUAAUGACAGUCAAUUGUUAUCCACCGUGCCCACAACCAGAUAUCGCACUAGGUUUGCCACCGCAUUCGGAUUAUAGCUGCUUCACCAUUCUUCUUCAGAGCUCGCCGGGUCUCCAAAUUUUGGACUCAAAAAAUGGCAAAUGGAAAUCGGUUCCCGAAGUUCAUGGUGCCCUAGAAGUCCAUAUUGGAGACCAUAUUGAAGUGCUAAGCAAGGGCAUUUACAAGAGUGUUGUGCAUAGGGCGACUCUGAAUAGUAAAAGGACUAGAAUAUCGCUUGCUAGUUUACAUAGUUUGGAGUUGGAAGAGAAAAUAGAAACGGCUAAAGAGCUAGUGGAUGAACAAAAUCCGAAGAGAUAUAAAGAAAGUAGCGUCAAGGAUUUUCUGAAUUUUAUCUCCAAGAAUGACAUUGGCGAGGGGAAAAGUUUCAUGGAUACACUGAAGAUGAAGAAUUAA